AUGGGUGAUGAAAAUGGUAAACGGAAUGAUUUCAUUAAGUUGCAUCGAAAAUACUAUCUUGUUGAUGUUGGAUUCAUGUUAAAAAGCAGUCUUAUUACACCAUAUCGAGGAGAACGUUAUCAUUUGAAAGAAUACAGCCGUAAUCCACCACGAAAUGCUCGGGAGUUAUUUAAUCUUCGACAUUCUUCUUUGCGCAAUGCAAUUGAAAGAGCUUUUGGAGUCGUUAAGAAAAGAUUUGCUAUUAUAAGAAAUCCAGAUGAGGGUUUGCUUGCCGAGGUUGAUGCUGAACUUAAUAAUAAUAGUGAACAUCAAGAGAAAAAUCAUAGUAAUAGAGAUGACAGUGACGAUGCAAGAAGGGGAGAAUUUCUUAGAGAUUCCAUAGCUGCGACUAUGUGGAUGCGAAAAAAGGACUUGCAAAAUGCUAGUGCAAGCAAGGCGAAUAAUCAAUGUAUCUGGACUAAAGUAAUGGAUGAUGCUCUUAUUGAUGCAUAUUUGAAUCAGCAUAAUAUAGGAAUAGGGUUGAAUGGUAUGAGUGGUUUUGGAUGGGAUCCCAUUACAGAAUUCUUCAUUGUUGAACCUGAAGUUUGGCAACAACUAAUUGAGAUAAAACCAGCAGCUGCCGAAUGGAAGACCAAGCCUAUUCGAAAUUAUGAGAAGUUAGUUCAAUUAUAUGGAAAAGAUAGGGCUACAGUACAAUAUGCUGAAACUGCAUCAGAAAUGCGAAAAAGAAAAGCUAGCAUAGAAGUAGAGAAUAAUGUUGGUGGACAUAAUUUUGAAACCAUUGAUGAAGUUGAAUUUAUGAUUUCUCAACAGGAAAUCCAUUUGGACAAUGAAGAUGCAGUUAAUAUGGAUGCCCAAAUUCCAACUCAACCAUCUAAAUCUCAAGCUGACUCUUUUGUUGGAUUAUCAUCAAAGAAGAAGAGUGCAAAAAAAGGAAAAGUUGAUGAUGAGAAUAUAAGCAAUGCAAUUGACCAUGUAGCUCAAGCUAUUAUGAGUUCAACACAUGAAAUGGUUAAGUCAAAUGAACUUCCUAUUCCUGAGCAUGAAGUGUGGAGUUUGUUGAAUCAAUUAGGUGUCGAGCAACAUAUCACUUCUACAUGCUAUUUAUUUCUUGUUCAACGCCCAAAGAUGUUGAGAGCUUUACUUGGAUGCCCUUUUGAACAUCGCAAAGACUUGUUACUUCAAAUGUUGGAUGGAGAAAAUCUACGACAUGAUUAA